AUGGCCACCAAAGUGGACGAAUUUGCCGACAAACGCGUGAUCAGCUCGAUCGACCUGUUUUCUCCGCCCAGCGCUUCGCUCAAGAGCGACAACAUCGACCUCGACGCCGAGCCCUCCAACAAAAGCGCCGGCGGUCCCCUUGAGGCAGAGAACCUUGCUCCCAGCACGUCCAGUUCCAGCACCCUGAUCAAGGACGACGAGUUCCCCACUCAUUACAACAUGGAGUCUGCCAUUGCCAACAUGUAUCCCGGUGACGUUGGGCUUGCCUGUUUGCCGAUCCUCAAGCGGUUGCACGCGCUGAAGAAGGGAGCCCACUUCACCAUCAUGGUGGUUGGUGAAGCCGGAACAGGCAAGACCUCGUUCAUCAACACCCUGUUCGACACCGUUGUUUGUGAGCCCACCACAGAGCUGGGCGGUCUCUCGGGAAAGACGACCGAGAUUGUGUCGCACAAGAUCGAGCUUGUUGAGGACAACUUCCUCCUCAGACUCAACGUUAUUGAUACUCCUGGUUUUGGCGACUAUAUCGACAACAGAUACUGCUGGUACCCGAUUGUCCGGUACAUUGACGAGCAGUACAGAAGAGCCGUUUACCAGGAGAACCAGCCGGACCGCAGCAGCACUUCCCACUCGGAAAUCCACGUGUGUUUGUACUUCAUUGUGCCUUCUGCCACCGGAUUGAGCCAAAUCGACAUCGAGGCCAUGAAGAACCUGUCCACGAGAGUGAACCUUGUUCCUGUGAUUUCGAAAGCCGAUGCCUUCACUGCGGACGAGUUGAGCUCGUUCAAGCAGCGGGUCAAGAAGAGCCUGAAGGAGCACGACAUUUCGAUCUGCGAGCUGUUCGACAAGACGGGCGGCGCGAACCUGAUCUCGGAGAUGCCGUUCUGCGUGCUCAACUCGCAGGGCACGUAUGAGAACGCCAAGGGUCAGCUGGUCCGCGGCCGGAAGUACAAGUGGGGAGUCGCCGAGGUGGACAACGCGGCGCACUGCGAUUUUGUCAAGCUGCGCGAGUUUCUGAUGGGCACCAACAUGGCGGACCUGAUUUCGUCGACGGAGAACUACUACGAAAACUACCGGCGCGACUUCAUGCGGUACCGGCUGGGCAAGGCGAUGGAGCUGACGAUCAGCAGCGAGGAGCUUGCUGCGCUCAACAUCGAAAACCAGGACGGCGAGACGAUUGUUCCAGACAACAACGGCAGCUGGAAGACCGUCCAGAAGGAGGACGGCAGCACGCACCCGAACAUCCAGCAGGUGAUCGAGUCCAAGGCGAGCGUUGGUGUUUUGAGAAUGCUCAACACGCUGAACCUGCGCGAGACCGAAAGAGAGCUUGUUGAGAUGAACCCGGCCUAUUUGGACAGCGAGAAGACCAUGAAGAAGCGGUUCACCGAGAUCGUGCAGGCGCAGAACCAGAAGUUCAAGGACUGGAAGCGGGCGCUGUUUGAGCGCCAGGACAAGUUCAACAAGGAUAUCGAGCAGAUCCACAAGAGACUGGUCAACUUACAAGACGAGAUCAAAGCGUAUGAUGGGUGA